AUGGUGAAAAUCGACUUGCGCAGGAAUUACUAUGCGGAUCUGGGGCUGCAGAUCGGCGCAGAUGCCGAGGAGAUCAAAAAACAGUUUCGCAAAUUAGCUCUUCAACUUCAUCCUGAUAGGAAUCCAGGCAAAGAAUCUGAAUUCAUUGCGAAAUUCCAGGUCAUCCAAUCCGCAAAUGAAAUCCUAAGCGAUCCCAUCCAACGAGAAAAGUACGACGCCGAUCGACUGCGCGCAAACUAUGGCAAGGCCCCUGCUCCGCCCAAGAGCAGCACUCCGCGCAAUGCGCCUCCGAAACCUCAACCAGCGAGAACGCCAUUCACCCCUCGCCGGCCCGAAAGACCAACGGAUGGACAUUCGACUGGUUCUCAACGAUAUUCGAAUUGGCGUCCUGCCGAUUCCCGCCAAUGGUCGAAGGAAGACAACGCUAAUACGAGAGCCGAUGCAUGGCAAGGAUUCUCUAGAAUGAGAAACCCAAGCACGGGCAAUACAGCCAACACAGGAGCUAGUGCAAAUGGCUGGCAAUCAUUCGAUCCGAAGACAGGGCGUGCAACUCCGGACAGGCAGCAUAACAAGCCUUUUGGGCAACGUCCUAAAUCGGCAUAUGCAGAGAAUGAUGAGAAUACACGGCCCCGAUCCGCGUAUGAGCGGACUAAAGAGAAUGGAAAUACCACUCGUCCGGCACAGGGACCAAAUUCUCACCAGAAGAGACAGGGAUUCGCACCUGGCGUUCCCGGCGGAGAUGAGCCAAUGGCCCGUGGAACCUCAAACUACACAAGCAGCCGGCCAAGCAGCAUGUACUAUGACUACUCCUCUGCUCCCCCGCCAACUGCAAAGAAAUCACCGUACCCAGAUCCUCAGCCUGACCGUUUCAGUCGCCAUAGCCGCUCAAGUCCCCCGAAUCCCAAGCCUAAGAAACAGCACAAGUCCGACGCUCGGCCCACGCAAAUGCACGCCUCCGAUGCUACAAGCUCCAGUGGAAUAGACUCAGAUGACGGAUCAAUUCCCAGAAAUCCUAAGCCAAAGGCCGUCCCCGUGUCCCGCCUUGGCAAGAAAUCAGCGGGUGUUGUUCCCGAGACUGGUCUCCACUCAAACUCAAAGGGCGCUGCUAGAGACUCGACUCGGUGGCAGCAAUUCAGCUCAAAUGAGCCCUCAGUUAAUUUUACACCGAUGAAAUCAGAAACACCCGGACUGUCUACUGGUGACCCAGCUGGUGGAACUCCCAUUUUCCAACCAGCAUCAUUCCGUGCAGACUUAUGGGCUGAAAGGUUGCGGAAUAUGACAUGGAGUCCAGAGGGCAGUUUCGCAAACUCUGGGAUGCGGAGUCCUAAUAGGACAUCAAAGCCCUCGACUAGAUCGCGAACCGGUCCGCAGCCAGCAAGUGUGUCUACCGAGGCCGAAGAGGCUGCAGAAACAGUUAAUAACAAUAUUCAUCCCGAGCCUAGUCGACCUACUGCGGAGGCAGAGGACAUGGAUGUCGACAUGGAAACUCCAGGUUCUUUUAAAGGGUCUCAAUCCAGGACUCAGCAUCCCUUCGUCCCUCCCCCAAGUGCCGCUAGGAUGCCCCCAUCAUCUCAAGGUAACUCAGGAGAAUCUCAUCGUCCUCCCUUUAAUCUAAGCCAUCUUGGAAAUACAGCACCUUUUACCGCUACGAACAACGGCGGCAUUAACAACCUAGGUGAUAUCCAUACGACGCUACCUUUCCAGUCAAAGGCAAAGCAACAGAGAACAACCGAACGUGAUAUCCGGCCCCGGACUCUCAAUUUGCCUAACCCUCCCAAGCGGCCCACGGUGCCAGUCCCAGUCAGUCCCCAUCCAGGAGCCGCGACCAAAGUACUUGAUCUCAAAAAGUGGAACUUCUACGUUUCGGCAAUGGGAUCAUACAUGCAUGACUGGAACUUAUUUAAUCGCCGCAUGGUGGAUCAUUUCACCGCCCGACAAGAAGCGAACGAAACAGGUCUUUCGCCAAACUGGAUCAGCGCCUUCGGGGAUUCGCUUAGGCUAGAUAUUGAAGGUGAAGAUGGUGAUUCGAAAACCGACGAGCUUCUCCCAGGAAGCUACAAGGGUGGCUUCGCUACCUACCUACGGAGCAUUGAAGAAGACAUCCUAGUACGUAAGCACUGGGAGGUCGCAGAGGAGAUGCACCGCGAGGCUAUUCUCGACCUCGGUCGACUCCGGGAAUGGAUUCGAAAGGGAGGCAACCUGGUCUAG